AUGGGGCCAGUGGAGUCGAUCUCUAGCCGCCGACUGGGUAUCUUGAUAAGAUUCAAAAUGUCCUUGGUACUAGUCCCGACCAACAUCAUUGGUACGCCGAUCACCCGGGUCAGCAGCGCUGUCCAACACGACGGCUUCAAAUCAGACUCAGUCAUCAGGCAUAGGUGGUGGUCGGUCGGUAUUUCCAUCGGAAAGCUUGGGGGAUCUACACCGUCUGAAGGUCCAGAAAACCUGGAGCCAUCAUUGGAUGCGCUGGCUCGGGGAGAUGAAGCAGAAACGAGCCUAAUGUCGGGACAAUCAUUGCAUGAAGAGCGGCUGAGCUGGUUGGACGCUCUGUGUAACAGGCUCCAUGUGCAGAUGACUGCAGCCAGGGACCCAAUUACGCAUUUCGAGAAGGAUCUCUUUCGCAAGGCUUCGGCGGCCUGUGCCACAGCCAUGACCGGGAAGUAA